AUGGCUGCCCAAACAACUCCCUCGAAGCAGGCCGCUUCUGCCAUUGAGUCCUUCAAGAUGGAGUCUCCCGUCAAGAAGCUCGACUUUUCCUCCGCCAACAAGGAGAACCUCCCUGCCGAUGCCUCGCUUGAGUCCACCACCACCGACAUCAUCGACCAGAAGCCCAUUGCCAUUGCGGCCAAGAAGGACCCCAAGGAUGACGGUCCCGCUGUCGCCCCUGGCAUCAAAGCCGACGAGGCCCACGAGCCUAUCCUCGCCGAGAACGCUCAGCGCUUCGUCCUCUUCCCCAUCAAGUACCACGAGAUUUGGCAAAUGUACAAGAAGGCCGAGGCCUCUUUCUGGACCGCCGAAGAGAUUGAUCUGUCCAAGGAUCUCCACGACUGGAACAACCGCCUCAAUGCCGACGAGCAGUACUUCAUCUCCCACAUUCUCGCCUUCUUCGCUGCUUCUGAUGGCAUUGUCAACGAGAACCUCGUCGAGCGCUUCAGCGGUGAGGUGCAGAUCCCCGAGGCUCGUUGCUUCUACGGCUUCCAGAUUAUGAUGGAGAACAUCCACUCGGAAACUUACUCCCUCCUCAUUGACACCUACAUCAAGGAGCAGGCUCAGCGCACAUACCUCUUCAAUGCCAUUGACACGAUCCCCUGCAUCCGCAAAAAGGCCGACUGGGCCCUCCGCUGGAUCUCCGACAAGGAGUCUACCUUUGCCCAGCGUCUCGUUGCCUUUGCUGCUGUCGAGGGUAUCUUCUUCUCCGGCGCCUUUGCCUCCAUCUUCUGGCUCAAGAAGCGUGGUCUGAUGCCCGGUUUGACCUUUUCCAACGAGCUCAUCUCCCGUGACGAGGGUCUUCACACCGACUUUGCCUGCCUGCUGCACUCUCACCUCAACAACCGUGCAAGCAAGGAGAUUAUCAACACCAUCAUCACUGAUGCCGUCACCAUUGAGAAGGAGUUCCUCACAGAGGCUCUUCCUUGCGCUCUGCUGGGCAUGAACGCCACCCUGAUGCAGCAGUACAUUGAGUUUGUUGCUGACCGUCUCCUCGUCGCUCUCGGCAACGAAAAGGUCUACAAGUCCACCAACCCCUUUGACUUCAUGGAGAACAUCUCCCUCGGCGGCAAGACCAACUUCUUCGAGAAGCGUGUCGGCGAGUACCAAAAGGCCGGUGUCAUGGCCAGUGCGAGCAAGAAGGCUGAUGACGGUACCCCCGUCGAGGAGAACCCAGCUGGUGGUGACUUUUCCUUUGAUGACGACUUUUAA